AUCACUUGGGGGGGUUGGAGAAAAUUUUUCUACCUUUUCUCCCUUUCUUUUAUCGCUUCCCUCUUUUUUUGGUAAGCGAUAAAGUCAAUUGACCCUUGGUUAUCAACGCUGGACCUCGUUCGUGUCUGGAUCUUGCUUCGGGUGCAUCCAAUUUUUAUUUUCCCUUCCAUGCUCUUGGAACGGGACGUUUUAACUGGCGUCACGGGCAGGAUCACCUUAAGCGAGAGUGUUGAUACCAAGGUUUUAAUUAGUAGAAAACAUAGUUAAAGCAAGGCACCUCUUGGGUAGAGGGAGCAGGACAUUGAAAUUUAUAGUUAGUUAAAUAAGGCAGCCCUCGAGAAGGCCGCUCCCAAAGCGUGACAGGGUGGAGAAUGACUCUAAAGUAUUGUUAACGGUUUUUGGAUGAACAAGCCGCUAAACCUUCGCCGCCGGGUUUGGAGUGGGCUCGAAAAAAUUGGUAUAAUGCGCAAUCGAUUGCGGACUGAAUUAUUGUCUUGCAGGCCGAGGCACGGGGCAAAGGAAAAUCUGGUUUUGUGCGGUAUUAGGUGCAGCCUUGUUAGCUGCUGUGGAAGAGAAGGGACAACAGGAUAAAGCUGAAAGCCAAAUCAUUGUGUUGUUACAAGACCUGGUUAGAACCUACAGGCGCAAUUAGAGGAGGAAAGGGCUAGUGCCCAUUAACUCAGAGAUGAGUUAUAUGAAAGAUUGAUGAAAGAGGAGGAGGAUAUGUCAGAAAAGGGAUUUGAUAAUCCACUAGGAAGGACAGAGGAGAAAACACCAACCUAGCCCCUGUCCCAGCUAAAAGAUUGGUGGGAUCGCUUGGAUAAGCUAUCCGUCCUGUUGCGGCCACUGAUUAAAACCGAAUAUUCAUAUGAAGAUAAGGAGGACAAGGCUCCUCAAAUAACAACAAAAGAAGUCCCCUUUACAGCCACCAAAUUGUCUAAAUUAAAAAAAGAGUAUGGCCGAACUCCUAAGGAGUCGGAGAUGGAGUAUGUUUGGAGAGUUUCACUUACUGGGGGCGGCCAGAUUUUAUUGACAGAAAAGGAAGCUGAAGGGUAUUGGGGACCCGGUGUUUUCCUAACCACGGGAAACUAUCGCACCCCUUGGUCACUCACACAGCGAGCGACCUAUUGGGCUGGAGGCUUGAACCCCUUGGAGAGGGGAGACCCACUGGCCAUAGUGGGAACUGUGGACCAGAUAAUAGAGAGUGUUCAAAAGGCAGCUUGUUUGCAAAUGAUGUAUGAGAGGGAGUUAGAGCCACGACAUGAAUCCCCUAUGAUGAUGCCGGUAGACCCAGAGAGAAUGACCCCUCUUAUAAGGGGUUCCUGGAGUCCUUAAAACCGAUGGGGAUUCAAUUACAAGGACAAAUAGCCAGUCUGUCGAAAGGGGAAAGAGCUGUUGCCUCUCUAGAAGGAGUAGUAACCCCCGAUCAUAAUUGCAGAGAGCGGAAAGUCUGGACGUGGGGGGAGGUGGCUCAGCAGUUGAUUAAUUAUGGGCGAAAGUGCGGUCCAGUACCCUCUGAUAGGGGGGACUCUAAAGCUAUUAGGCACGUGGAGUGGAGGAUUCCGACGCAGCAGUCAGGACCUAAGAAAACAACACCUCCCAUGAAUCAUGGAGGUCGGAUAAAUGUUAGUGAGAAACAUAAAAAAAAGAAGAAAGAGUUUGUGGAUUUUGGGGUUGCAGAAGGGAAUCACAAAGACGUUAGUAGAUAGACAGCCCACUGACAAACUGGAAUUAUUAGUUAAAAGUUGGCAUUUUAGAGAGGGACUGGAGAAACCUACUUUGCUACAGCCCCUCCCCUGGAAGGGUCUCAGAAUGAAAAGGAGGUGGGAAACUUCCUCCUUCAUCCUCAGUAGGCGAAGGGUGGAUGUUUAUCAGAAGGCUUACCGAGAAUUCAAGAGGGGGCCUAUUAAUAUCUUGCCCCAUCGGCCCCCCCAUCGACACCAUAAUGGUCUUAGGAGAAUACCCAGUGAAUUUGCUGGGACUAGACCUGUUGAAAGGAAGAUCUUGGAAAGGGUGGAAAGGUGUGGGCCUUUGGACGGGAAUUUCCAAGUUUCCGCUUAUUGCAAGCUGCCCCCCUCCUUCCUCCCUCUUUAGUUACCAACGUCAAACCUUACCGCUUGCCUUUAGGGGCCCAAGAGAGAAUUGCCCCAGUUAUAGAGGAGCUAAAGGAGAAAGGGAUUCUGGUCAUGACACACUCCCCAUACAACACCCCUGUAUGGCCUGUCCGCAAGCCACAUGGCAAAUGGAGGCUGACCGUGGAUUAUCGGCAGCUCGAUGUUAAUACAGGACCCCUAACUGCAGCAGUGCCUAAUACAGCUGAAUUAAUAUCUAAUAUUCAGGAACAGGCCCACAAGAUUAUGGCUACUAUUGAUGUCAAAGAUAUGUUCUUCAUGGUUCCCCUGCAAAAGGAGGAUCAGAAUAGUUUUGUCUUCACGUGGGAGGGUCAACAAUACACCUUUAUCCAUCUCCCACAGGGAUUUAAGCACUCACCUACUUUCACACACCAUGCCUUAGCAUAGGAGCUUUUGAAUGUUCCUCCUGCAGCUGGAGUUAGAAUAUAUCAAUAUAUUGAUGAUAUACGUAUCGCAGGGGAUGAAAUCAUACCAGUACAGUGACGCAGAAUGAUAUCAUUAAACACCUAGAAUCCCUAGGAUUACAAAUCCCCUCUGAGAAAAUACAACUUCCUGCGCAAGAGGUGGAAUUUUGAGGUAUUUGGUGGAAGGGAGGGCUGGUACGCGUUCCCCCAGACACUCUAACCUCCAUAGAUCAAAUAAAAGUACUGGAGGAUAAGAGGGAGUAGCAGCAUGUUUUGGGAUUGCUGGUGUUUUGGAGAAAACACGUUCCAGAUUUUUCGAUAAUUGCGAGACCCCUGUAUGUUUUACUAUGGAAGGGAGCUGGGUGGAAAUGGACGCCCCUCCACGAUGAGGCCUUACAACUCCUAAUCUUUGAAGCUACUACACACCAAGCACUUGGUGCUAUCCACCCCACUGACCCUGUGCAGACUGAAUGGGGAUUUGUAAAUUCAGGAUUGUCAAUACAUAUGUGGCAACAAGAGCCUGAUGGCCCUACACGGCCCAUUGGAUUUUAUUCCUGUAGCUUCAAAGAUGCCGAAAAAUGAUACUCUACUUGGGAGAAGGGUCUUUUUGUAGUAAGUCUUCCCCUCCGAGAAGCAGAAAGGACUAUUCAUCAGCAGUCUGUUAUCCUGAGGGGGCCAUUCAAAGGCUAAGGAGGAGGGGAUCAAAUGGGUAUUCCAUACACCCUGUUACCCACAGGACAAUGGCAUAGUCGAGAGAACUAACGGUCUUCUUAAAUGAUUCUUGAAGCCUCAAGAGGUGAACUGGGCUGAUCAAUUAUGGGAAGCCGUUAGGCAAGUAAAUGACUGGUGGGGAAUGAACGGGUGUCCUAAACUUAGAGCUUUCUGCCCGAAGCCCCCUUCCCUGAUACCCACAAUACCGGGACCCGAUCAUGAACAGAAUCCCUCCCAUUUUCCAGGACAACCAGUCCUGGUAGAGUUACCUACUGUAGGAGCUGCACAGUUGGUACUCACUAGCCCACUGAUUACAUAUGCCUGGAAAGCAAAAGAUGCUUCUGGGAAGGAACACAGGAUAAAUACUCGAUGGAAUGUUCCCUUAUUUUAAUGUCGGUUCUGAAAAGGACCGAACAGAUUUUUAUUUUUCUCUUCGUAGGUAGCCUGUUGAAUGAAGAAGAACCCUGGACCGUGAAUGCAGACCGUCAUAUUUGGAAUAUGCAUCAGCAUCCUACUUGUGGGACUAUUUUUAAUAAUCAUGUGGGGGUGCUGUUUGUAUUUGUAUGGUUAUGCAUGUUGUAUGUGUGUGCAGCAAACCAAACCCCUGGAAAUGAGAAUAAUCGGAACCUCGCAUGGGAACUCAUUAAGGGGUUUGUAAGGGUGUGGAAUCAUACCAAUCAAGGUAUAUGUGUUGCUUUGCCAGAAUCAGCUGAACAAGGAUUGCGAUUUUUUGUGACUCCAAUUGACCUAUCUUUUAUCUUUAACGUAACCAGUACCAAUACCACAUCAAAACUUUAUUUACCUAUGUCCUGGGUGAACGAUUAUGACAACACCACCAUUAAAUGGCAUCGAAGACCAAUGGUCCCUAGUCUGCAGGAAACUUGGUCUCCCCUCUUCAGUGAUUUAAAUGCUGAUCUCAUGAAUAAAACAUGUAACGUCAGUGGUCCCGCCUUUAACCUUACUAUUGACAAUACAGUACAGGCUGGUCCUUUAGUGUCAUUGGGAAAUCACUCUCAUGUUAGGGGAAAUAAUGCAUUUUCCCCAUUUAUCUCCCUGUGGAAGUGUGAAUAUUACCCCUGGGACCCUAUUUUUGACCCACUAACAAUACCCGAUUAUUAUGAAGCUGACUAUAAUCUGAAUGUAACGGUCAAGUGGUGUAUUAAACUUCCUAACAUGAGGGCAGUUGGCCCCUUAGAUAAGGAUAAUUUGAUGUGGUUUUGGUCGCGAAAUGUUACUGUCAUCGAGCCCUUACAAUCUGGCAAAAGCCGAAGGUGGGAGAAUAGUUUCUUGUUUAAUUGUACUCGAACCAUCACAUGUGAGGAUGGUCCUGGAGAUCCUCCAGAGACCUGGUUUUUGUAUAGAAUACGAACCUUGAUAAGAGAUAUGUGUACUUGCUGGGGAUAUCCCUCCAUGGGAUGGAAAAAUAACGACACCCGGUGCAAUACCACCCGGUCUAAUGAUACCUCACUACAGAGAAUCUGUGGCAUUCCGUAUACUCAUUAUCCAGUUCAGUCGCUACCCAUUGAUUCACGACCGCCUGUACGUUUUAUGGAUUAUAAGGAUCAGUAUUCAUGUAGAAAUAGUGUAUACCCUACCCCCUUUGGUUUGUCAUGGGUGUGUUCAAAUGGCAAGUUUUAUUCCUAUCUGACAUUAGAACAACACGCAGGACUACGUUGUGGGGUUGCAUUGCCAUCUCUUUGUCCUGGUCACAUUUUCAACAUUACCAAAUUAUCUCAUAGAUGAGGGUGGCAUGAUAUUUUCGUCACACCCACUGUCAAGACCUCAGUCAGCAACCAGUAGGCCAGAUUGGGCGAUUACAAGAAUUCAUGUCCCAGACUAUUAUACCACAGGGCAAACGAUAUCAUUAAUGUUUGAAAAUAUAUUUGCCCCUUAUCAUACCCUCAAACAGCACCAAUUUGUAUUAGAGAAUAUCACAUGGCAGGUACAUGUAUUAAGUAAACGGACUAGAUAUGCCUUUAGGGAACUAAAUAUGCAAGUCCAACAGGUUUCCCAAAUGACUCUUCAAAGCAGAUUAGCCUUAGCUAUGUUAUUGUUAAAAGAACAAGGGGUAUGUGGAAUGUUAAAUUUAUCUGGAGCCAAAUGUUGUAUUACCAUUUACAAUGCUUCACCCUCAAUUGAGGAAACCCAAGCUAAGAUGAAGGAGA